UCAGGAGUAAAUCAGCACCAUUUCGAAUCGGGGACCCAUCGAAACCUUCCAGCCUCAUGCUGCCAAUCCCAACCACUCUCAAGGUUGAAUUGACUCCUUACAUCUCCUCCGUGUCCUUGCCUGCCGUUUAGCUCCAUAUCGAUUUCGUCCUUUUACUACUCCGUUGUGUCCACUCUACCACGAGCCCGCAUCGGCAGCCGCCAGCGCAGCGAUAGUAUUGUCCGUGUGCUUCCUACCGAGGCCCUGCUAAGGGGGCCUGGCUUCCAUCCGCCAUGGCCUUCCUCUUCAAGUCGAAGAAGAAUCAGGACCGGAACGUUCAGACUCGCGACGGUCCUCCUGGUCCGCCGGCCCAGAUCCAAGGCGCAGCCGGGCGCAUCGCCCGUGAGGAGAAAAAUCACCGAUCGACACCCACCGGGAGUGUGAAUUCUCUGGAUGAAGGCAGCCCGAGCCCGGAUGCGGAGAAGUAUGCCACACGCCGUGCCCAGGAUCCGUCGCAGCAGUCCCAACCGCAGCAGACGAGCGACUUGCCCUUUCGCAACGGGCCACCGCAGAAUGUGAACGCUUCUCUAUACCCCUGGUCGCAACGCCGCCUAACCUUCCCUUCCAACAUACCGAGCCCCUUUCCUAGGUAUGGUGCAGCGGUCAAUUCGGUCUCGUCGAAGGAGGGCGAUAUAUACGUCAUGGGCGGUUUGAUAAACAGCUCGACGGUUAAAGGCGACCUAUGGAUGAUCGAAGCUGGAGGGAGCAUGGCGUGUUACCCGCUCACAACCACAUCCGAAGGCCCUGGGCCGAGAGUCGGGCAUUCUUCUCUCUUGGUGGGCAACGCGUUCAUCGUAUACGGCGGCGACACCAAGAUUGACGAGACUGACGUUUUGGAUGAGACUCUGUAUCUCCUAAAUACCUCUACGAGACAGUGGUCGAGAGCUCUCCCCACCGGGCCACGGCCAUCGGGUCGCUACGGACACUCCUUGAACAUUGUCGGGUCUAAAAUAUACAUCUUCGGUGGCCAAGUAGAAGGCUAUUUCAUGAAUGACCUGGCUGCCUUCGACCUCAACCAAUUACAGAUGCCGAAUAAUCGAUGGGAAAUCCUCAGCGAGAACUCGGAGACGAACACGGCGCUCCAAGGCAAAGUACCCCCGGCCAGAACGAACCAUUCUAUGAUUACCUUCAACGACAAGAUGUACCUAUUCGGCGGCACCAACGGCUUCCAGUGGUUCAACGACGUGUGGUGUUACGAUCCCACGGUCAACCAGUGGGCGCAGCUGGAUUGCAUCGGCUAUAUUCCCGUCCCCAGAGAAGGUCAUGCUGCCGCAUUAGUAGACGACGUCAUGUACGUUUUCGGUGGGCGUACGGAAGAGGGCGCCGACCUAGGGGAUUUGGCCGCCUUCAGGAUUUCAUCUCGACGCUGGUACACCUUCCAGAACAUGGGACCCUCACCAUCCCCUCGCUCUGGCCAUAGCAUGACGGCCGUGGGCAAAUCAAUCGUCGUAGUAGGAGGCGAGCCGAGUUCGACUAACAACCCGGUCAACGACCUCUCAAUCGUCUAUGUCCUCGACACUGGUAAGAUUCGAUAUCCGAACGACGCGCAGAUCCAGUCCAAUACCCAGAAGAUGCAACAGGCAAGGCGGCCGGGCGGCGAUGUUCCUUUCGCUCCCAGCAGGCAAACACCCUCCCGUGAAGGCUCUAUCGGGCCAGAUCCGAAGCGGAUAGCUAGCCCCAAUAGCCCAACGAACAGCACUGGUAAGGGCGGCACGGGUAUUGACAUCAACGGGCCCCCUCCCAUCAGUAAUGGGAUAUCGAAGCUUCCGAGAGCUGCUGCGUCCUCACCACCUUCGGGGCCACCGCCACAGGGUCAGCCUCCUAGACCCGGUGUCGAGGCGAAUUCGGCCAGCCGUCGUGCGAGGAAUGCGUCUAUCGAGAGAAUCGAGAGAGAAGCCGGGGGUGCUGGGUCUCCCAGUCUGGGCAGUCAAAGCCAGUCGCCCGUACCGCGAGAGCCAGUCAAGGAGGAGGUUCCAGCUGCCAAUGGAAGGCGAACACCGAAUCAACAGACCUCCAGGAGCGGCUCCCGUGCAGAAAAUACGCCAAGUGAAACGCCUAGAACGAAGCAGUCACGCCAGAUUCGCGGGCAGAGCUCUAUCGACAGCACCGCGGAAUCAGCCUUGAAGAGCGUGGUGACCCGCCCCUCGUCUCCGCCUCCACCCACCCGGCAGACAAGCAAUCCUCUGUCACGUAGAGGCUCGAAUAGAAACUCGCAGACUGUAGUCCUCCUGAAAGAGCUUGACGCUGCUCGAAAUAGGAAUGCGUGGUAUGCAUCGGAGCUCGAGCUAGCCCGUAAAGCCGGAUAUACGGCAAAUGCGACCCUUAGUCCUACAUUGGAGGGUCGGUUUGCGGAAACGUUCGACGACGAAGACAAGCCCCUCAUAGAAGCUCUCUUGGCGAUGAGGCAAGAGCUAGCUAACGUCCAAAGCUCCGUCGAUAAGCAAGCGGUUCUUGCGGCGAAGCAGAUCGCCGAGGCGGAACGACAGCGCGAUGCGGCAAUUCGUGAGGCAGUGUAUGCCAGAGCGAAGAUUGCUGCGCAAACCGGAAGCGCCGCAAGCACGCCGCAACUAGACAGCGAUAGGGAUAGGGACAGUACCGACCGUUCUUCCGAGUUGAACAGGAAGCUUGCGUCAGCGCUCGGCCUCCAAAAAGAUCUGCAGAAUAAUCUUUCACGAUCAGUUUCCGACCUGGAAGCGGAGAAGCGUGCACGGCAACUCGCCGACGAGACCUUGAGCGCUGCCCAGAAGCGCAUGGCGGAUCUGGAGGCGUACAAGCAACAGGCUUCUUCGGAGCUCGAGCAGCUGAGAGCCGAAUUGCACAUGGCCCAACGUGAAGCGCGAGAGCAGUCGAUCGUGAGUGCUGAAGCCUCCGCUACCUUACAGCUCCUACGGCUUGAAAAGGACGACUUCGAGAAUAAGUACCGAGAAGCUGUCGAUGGUUCAAAGGAACACAGUGAGACCCUGGAGUCUCUUCGCGAAGCGGUAGUAGCAUCCGCAGAUAUACGUGCCCACCUCGAACGGAAAUUAGAGGAGGAGCGGUCCCAGAGGGAGAUUGUCGAAUCUAAGCUUACUAAACUCAAGACCGAGCAUGAGACCCAUACCGCAGAACUAGUGGUUGUAACGCAGCGGCUGCGAGACGCCGAAGAACUGUCCGAACGACUCUCGGCAGAAGCGAACACCCACCGCCAAGCCCUACUCGCCGGUCUCGAGAAGAUGACGAAGGAUCCAAGCAAGGCCAACCGGGCAGACGAAGAGCGCAUCAUCGCCUUGCAAGAACAAAUUGAGGCGGCCAAUAAUCUUGUCAGGAAGUACCAGCAGGAAGCCGACUCUGCUUCGGACAGACUACGCAGCGCCGAAGAGCGCAUUGCCGGUCUUGAAGCAUACCAGGAGCAGUCGAGCAGAGAGGGCGUCACCAUCCGCCGCCAGCUGCAAUCCGCGCUGAGGGAGACCCAGUCGUUGCAAGCUAUGAACACGGAUCUUAAGAACCAACUCUCGAACCAACAGCUCGAGACCAAUGCCAUGACCGUACAGCACAAUACCCUAAAAGACAUCUUGUCCGAAAGGGGCAUAAGCCCGACAAACCUCGCCCGGGUGCGGGGCAUAGGUUCCAGCGCCGACUCUCCUGAUCCCUCUCGGACCGCCGAACUAGAACGACAGCUUGCUCAAGCCAAUGCUGCCCACGAGGAGACAAAGCAGACUUUUGCUGCGCAAGCCCAAGAGUCUGAAGCCGCCUAUCGCGAAAGAAUAACCCAGCUGGAGAACGACUACCAGUCGGCCAUUCAUUACGUCAAGGGCACCGAGAAGAUACUCAAGAAGAUCAAGCAGGAUCUCGCGUCGGCUAAAUCUGAUAACGGCCGCUUGAAGAAUGAGAACAUGGAACUUGAGGAGCGUAUCGGAUCCCUAAGCAACGCGACGGCACCCGCGGAUUGGGAGGCCGAACGGUCGUUGUUCGAAGAGAAGAUCGAAAGUCUACAGGAUCAAGUCAAAGCAACUUCGGCACACCUGGAACAAGAGAUUGCUCAGCUACGACAUGAGCUGGAAGUUACCAAGGCAGAACGUGAUGACGCAGCCAGGUCUAGCGCGGCCUCAGCAGACCGACUCUCUAUGCGAGAGAAGGAACUAGUGCAAAUGCAGCAAGAGAAUGCUCUCCUUGGGAAGCGUGCCCAGGAUGCCGAACAGAAAGUCAGCAUACUACUUGACCAGGUAGAAACGUCUGUGGACAACUACCGGAGGCGCAGCCGUAUCAGCACAGAACAAAUAACCACCGCUCCCCCCAGUACGAAUGGUCUGGGCCACAGCCGGCAGAGCUCGGAGGGCGAAAGUCUCUACGGCGGUGUUGGUAACCCGAGAAACAGCAAGGCAUUGGAUAACCUGGCUGAUGAGCUAGAUUUCUUGCGGUCACACUGGGAGACAACGAACAAGGCGUAUGAUAGAAUGUCAAGUACGUUCGACUUCGAUAUCGGCAGCAAGAGAGAUGACGAUAGUGCUGGACCUGGGCUCAGUGAAAGUCUAGCCAAUUGGAGAAAACGACUCGACGAACAGGAGCGGGAAAGCGGUAUCGUCGGCUCCCCUCCGGAAAGCAGCCAUGCUUCAUAGCCACCCAACAUCAGAACCGGCGCUCCCUUACGAGACGGAUUUUAACUACCUAGUUGUCCGCAACUCUGAGCGACAGAAUCCUUGUACAUUCCUUGUGUAUUUUCGCGG